GAGUCCUUACAACUGUGACUUUGUUGCCGUGGAAAUAGAUGUUUUGCGGGUGUGAACAGGCCUUUAAUAUAAUUUGUGUUUUCCUCCCGUUUUGAGCGAUAUAAAGGCGGUUUUACAAACAUCGUAUAAGACUUGCAAUCCUGAACUGUAAUCUAUUUGUAUGUUGCGAUAGUAACAGGGUGUUGUAUAGAGCUUUUAAUGUUUAUUUAUUAGAAAAAAAUUAAGGAGCAUCCAACAAAUCCUAAACCCAAACCUACCAAUCGUAUAGUCCAUGCGACGUAAAUCAACAACUUUUACCAACAUCUGAAAUUGCGUUAGGCCAAUCAACUCAUGGAUCAAAUCUCAACUGCUGCUGGCAACGCCAACCCUGCUACAGUUCCUGCCAAAAGGGGUACGCAACAAGGUCGAAAGAAGUCUGGGCCCAAGUUCGAACUGUCUGAGGCCCAAAAAUCCGACAUUAAGGAGGCUUUUGAUCUAUUUGACAACGAAGGCACGGGCUACAUUGAGGUGAAGGAACUUAAGGUGGCGAUUAGGGCCCUGGGAUUCGAACCAAAAAAAGAGGAGAUAAAGAGGAUGAUUUCUGACAUUGACAAGGACUGCAGCGGGCGUAUUGCGUUUAACGUCUUUUUGCAACUGAUGACUAUAAAGAUGGCCGAAAAGGAUACCAAGGAAGAGAUACUUAAAGCUUUUCGGCUUUUCGAUGACGACGAGACUGGAAAAAUCUCCUUUAGAAAUCUAAAGAGGGUGGCUCGCGAACUUGGUGAAACACUGACCGACGAGGAACUACGAGAGAUGAUAGAUGAAGCCGAUUUGGACAAUGACGGAGAGGUAAAUCAAGAAGAAUUUCUGCGUAUCAUGAAGAAGACUAGUUUGUAUUAAAAAGCAAAUCUAGCUAUAUUUUAAAACAUUUCGUUCCUUCCUGCUCAUGAAUUAUUCAACAAAUGUACACUUUUGAGGUACACUUUAAAUAAUUAAAGAAUCUUUCCAUAAAUAA